CCCACUGCACUGCUCUGUCUCCAUACACGCCACGAUGAGCUACGGAUCUGAAGUCUUUUCCUCCUCCUCCUACCGGAAGAUUUUCGGGGAUUCUCCCCGUUAUUCGUCCUCUCCAUCCCGGUCAGGGAUAAAUGUAUCCUCCUCACGGGCAGGGUACCGGUCCUCCUCUGUAUCCCGGAGCAACGUCUCAUCCCUGGGCGCGUACAGCAGAAAGUCCGGCCGCUCCUAUUCGUCCAUGCCACUGGAAACCUUCGACCUGACACAGAGCAGUGUCCUCAACAAUGAGUUCAAAAUCAUCCGCACCAAUGAGAAGGAGCAAAUGCAGGGUCUUAAUGACCGCUUUGCAAUGUUCAUCGAUAAAGUGCGCAACUUGGAGCAGCAUAACAAAGUGCUGGAAACGGAGUUGACUGCCCUGCGCCAGCGGCAGACCGAGCCGUCCCGCCUAGCCGAUCUUUACCAACAAGAGAUCCGUGAGCUGCGCUCCCAGCUGGAGGAGCUGAACGGAGAGAAGUCCCAGCUCAUCAUCGAGAGGGAUUGUAUCGAAGAUGACCUGCAGAAGCUCAGGGGGAAAUACGAAGAGGAGUACCGUGCCCGGGAGGACGCGGAGGCCACCCUCAAGGCUUUUAAGAAAGAUGUGGAUGAUGCCACCAUGGUGCGCCUGGACCUGGAGAAGAAGGUGGAAUCUCUGCUGGAUGAGAUCAACUUCCUCAGGAAGGUGCACGAAGAGGAGGUGGCCGAGCUGACGGACAUGAUCCAAGCUGCCCAGGUGUCCGUGGAGAUGGAGGUGUCCAAGCCGGACCUCACCUCCGCCCUCAAAGAGAUCCGAGGCCAGUACGAGUCCAUGGCGUCCAAGAACCUGCAGUCCGCCGAGGAGUGGUACAAGACCAAGUUCGCCGACCUGUCCGAGCAGGCCACCCGGAGUAACGACGCCAUCCGCGCCAGCAGGGAGGAAGCCAACGAGUUCAGGAGGCAGCUGCAGUCCAAGACCAUCGAGAUAGAGAGUCUGAGGGGAACCAACGAGUCUCUGGAAAAGCAGCUCCGGGAGAUGGAGGAGAGGCACAGUGUGGAGAUCGGAAACUACCAGGACAACAUGGUAGAGCUGGAGAAUGACCUGAGGGCCACUAAGAGUGAGAUGGCUCGUCACCUGAGGGAGUACCAGGAUCUGCUGAAUGUCAAGAUGGCACUGGAUAUUGAAAUUGCAGCCUACAGGAAACUACUUGAGGGAGAGGAAACCCGCAUCGGGACAGGGAUCACCUACCCUGGCUCCCUGAGCGCAAGUGUCGGGCAAGGCUACAACUACCAGGCCCGUAUUUACACCAGCUCUGGCAAGGGCUCCAAGAGCAAGGACGAGGAGCAGCAGCAGCAGGGCAAGUCUGGAGGCAAGGUGUCCCAGCGUGAGGUUUAUGAGGAGACAGUGAUCACCACCAAGAAGAUGGAGAAGCCGCAAGACCCCAGCGACAUUCCCACCAAUCAGAAAAACUAAGAGUCUGCUGUAAGCUUGUUUUUGACCCCUGAAGCUUCCCUCUACCUUUGCAAACCUAUACCUCUCCUCAUUUCCCAUGCUAAAACAAACCCUGAGCUUUUGCACUUAAGCACUUGUAGGGUUCUAAGAUGAUAGUUUGCCUCUUCACUAUAAGCACAGUAAGAUCAUGGUCUCUGUCUGCUCUGUUGUGCAUUGGAUGUCCACAAGUGCGUAGAGUGCAGGUGUUUGUUUUACCUGGGUUUAUCCUUCCCUUUCCCAUUUCUCCCCCCACACGUGUUCCCCAAAGGAAAUCCAUUAUAACUCUACUGUAACCAUCACUCUUUACAAACCACUCUACAUCUGUGCUCUCUCUGUCUCCCUCACACACUCAACAUCAAACAAUAACAAGCACUUAGGUAGCAUCUCUUACAGAACUAUGGUCUUUCGAGGUAAAAUACGCAACCGGUGUUAAACACUUUGGUCUGAUGUUACAUCGAUAUGUGAUACUGAAACACGGUAGAUAAUAUCUCCGGUCAUUCACUACUACCACAAGCUGUGAGAUACUCUCAACACAUUCCAAUGGAAGCAUGUGUGUGUGCGUCCACUUAUUCCAUACAUAAAGAUAUUACUAUGGCAGUUUAGUGAGGAAGCACACAGUCUACAGUCAAAGGAAACCAGCCAAAAUCGACCAUAAUAAAUGAUAGUGUCUUGCUGAGCCAUUAGUUCGAGUUUCUAAAAAUGGAGUCCAUGAGCAAAAUGUCUCCCUGCACAAUGCCUCAGUGGUUUGACUGUGGUGCAGUCAACUCUGCAUGACAACAGUAUGAAAGAGUCAUUCUCUUUCAGCUCCCUUUUAAACUUUCCCGCUGAAGUUCCGCUCUCAAAAGUGGAUUCCCGUCGCUUUUUAAAUGAGAUUCGAAGCAAACAAGAAAACAAACGUAUUAUGGAAGCAAAAUUUGCAUGGUGUAUGUAGAUGUCAUGCUUGCAUGGAAUCCAUCGGCCUGUUGCUCAUCCAUUGUUCAGAGUCAAAAGGCCUGCUCAUGCCCUCCAUCUACCAUGCCGAGCAUCAUCGUGCACAACACUCAUAACUGUAGUAGACAAGUGCUUGUUAGCCUGUAGGCUAGAUUUGAGACUAUUACUGUAGGAUGUGACUUAGGUAGAUGUUGACGCUCUGAAGAUAAGAAGUACAAAAACCUCUUAUAUAGGAAUGUCAAAACUACCAAACGUGGUAAACAGUUUGCACAAUGUGCUAUGAAGGAUACAGGGAAAAGUACAAUAAAGCAAAAAUGCUGUAAAGGAGGAGAAAUACAGACAAUAUGAUAAGAAAUAGGAAGUGAUUUUUCCUCCUGAAACAGUCUGAAUUGUAAAUUAUGCUUUAGCACAAUUUCUCCAUGAUCCAUCUGGGUGUGAUGAGUUGUUUGCAUAUUCAACACCAUUUCCCAUGUGCCAUCGCUGACGAUUGAAGCACAUUCAAGCCCCAGAAUCCAUACCGUAUCACUCAGCCAGAAAGAAAACCAUGCCGUCAACGCUCACAAUAUGUCACAAAAUUCAGCCAGAAGCCGUCAGGUGUGUUUGAAACAACUUGACCGCUCUCUCUGUAUAACUGUGGCCAUGACUGGAUAAAAUGUCUGUUGUAGUACGACCUCACCACUAGAAAUCCCUCAGUACGAGAGACUUGUAGCUUGUUUUUUCUGCUUUGUGCACUGCCAAUGUUAGCACAGCUAUCUUAUUCUCCUGCUGCUGGUCGCGGCGUCUCACGCCCUGACAAACUGCACUCACACUGAAAACAAAAAAACUACUGAUUGUAUGGCGGACUGUUCUGGAUUGGGUUUCUGUUGUUUUACCUGAGGCUUGUGAUAAGUAUCUUAGUACUGUAGUGAGUGUGUAUGUAUCUCUACACAGUGGCCUAUCAUGACUGGAAUUAUUUAGGGGGCAGCCAAUCUGACAGUUUUAGGGAUUACUGAUUUCAAGUGUAAAGCAGAAGAAAAACCUCUGAUGAACAAGAACUUAAAAAUAUAAGCAGAAUUUUAUAGUAUACAGCUAUAACAAUGGAUGAAUGAUUACGGUUGCCAAUAUCAAGCCUUUAUCUUUACACUGUAAAACCAAAAGAGUUUUCAUUGAUGUCUGAAUACAAAUAUGUCACUACUACUACUAUUGCACUGCCAAACUUUUCCAAGUGCACAUGCAACACCACUUCAUGGGAGAUGACCCCAUUAAGCAUUUUCUGAAAAUACAGUACGUCACCAAUUCAAAACCAACAAUCAAGAUUUAGCCAUAGGACAAAUAACUGUAGGAUGUGAAAUGCCUUAAAACACCAGCAGCUUUUUUUCUGGCCAUGUGUGUGAUGUGUAUGAUUCUGUCCAGUGGGGUGUUUAAUCAUUAUUAUCUCUUUAUUAGUGUUUAUUAGAGCUACAAUGACUACAAAAGCAUAGGGAUCGAAUGUAGUUGACAUGCUAUUCUCUUUACUGUUAUUACUUAUGUAUUGCUGUAUGACACCACAUCAAUAAAGACUUGACAUUAAUGAGGCUGCA